AUGACGGAGGAGGACCACCUAUGGAAUCGCCGCCUCCUCUCAUGCAUGCUCGGCACGUUCCUCUACCGAGACAUGGAGCGGGAAGCUCCCUUUACGGUGGAGCGUGUCGAGCGUGUACUCGCGGAGGCAUGCAGACAACGGGCCAUCACCAGCACGAAGGAGCUGCUGGCCCGGUACCCAUUCCGUCUGCGGAGGGACAUCUUCCCUUCGUCUGGGAAAGCACAGAAGAGGGCAAGCAUUACCAAAGCCAUACAAGUUCCCAGUGUGGACAUAAAGAAACUAAAUCCAGGGGGCCAGUCAGACAUGCAGCUGAAUCCAUGUGCCCUCACGCUGCUCUGGGUAAGCAGCUUUUGGAUGGUGGGUGGCUCCACUGGACAGGUGCUCCUUGACACCAACGUCAACCACAGCCCGUUAGAAGCUGGCUGGCUGUCCGAGAGGCCUAACAGCAACACAUCUCAUCACCGGACCAACUCGUCGGACGCUGGGCAUCAUCUCCUUAAGGGAUUUACCUCACUGGGCUUGUCUGUCAUCGGUUUUGGCACCUCUCUUUGCCCCAUCAAACGUACGGAGACAGGAGAUGGUUUAUUCUUUCAGUUGGUGUUCAGCAAUACUCUCCAGCUAGGAUCUCUGAUAGUUUAUUGGAUCCAGGGAUGUCCAACUAUCUGGAUGUUCAGUUUGCUGGGUGGAUUCCUGUUUAGCGCAGGAAAUCUCACCACCAUACCGAUCAUAAGAACUAUCGGACUUGGUAUGGGAUUCCUCAUCUGGUCCACAUUCUCACUUCUUACAGCAUGGGCCACUGCAAGAUUUGGAUGGUUUGGACUGGAUCAGCAAUAUGUAGCAAAUCCCACACUGAAUUACAUUGGAACUGGACUUGCUACAAUAAGUGCUCUGAUUUCAUUCUUCAUAAAGACAACAGAUCAGGCACAUGAUGAAGAAAGAACACCAUUGUUCCUUUCUACAUACCAGUUGGACUUGAUAGAGGAUAACAGCCAGCCAUAUAUUGCAAGAAGUAGGAGAUGGACUGAGAAGCUCAGUCCCAUGAAUAGAAAAAUAAUUGGCUGCUCGCUUGCUACAUUUGCUGGACUAGCAUAUGGAUGCUCCUACACUCCAAUCAUCUACAUAAAGAAUAAUGCUUUGAGGAAUGGUACGGUAUUUUCAGAAGCCAGUCAGUAUGAUUUGGACUACAUUUUCCCUUACAUGACAGGGAUUAACGUCACCACCUCCAUGGUAUUUUUUGGUUAUUGUAUGGUGAUGAAAAACAGGUUUAAUCUUCCAUUAAAGUGUGUAUUACCAGCUUUUAUUUCAGGAGGUAUGCAUUUUCUCAGUCAGUGUGGCUUCUUCAUUGCUUGUUAUUAUCUUGGAACAGUAAUAACAUACCCUAUAGGAGCAGCAGGUCCUGCAUUAGUCUCUUUAAUUUGGAGCUUAUUCUACUACAAAGAAAUAAGGGGGACUAAAAACAUUCUGUUAUUGGUUGCUGUCCUGGUUGCUGUUCUGAGUGGCGUGACACUGAUCACUCUGUCAAAAAUAGAAUAAAUGCCAAAAAGCAAUGAUGAAAGGAAGAUGAGACUACAGGAUUUGUAGCAUUACUAUCGUGUUUAUAUUGUGAAUGUGUUUUCUGUAUGUUGUUGUAAUCUGGUGUGAUACAUUUAG